AUGAUUCGGUGGUUAAAGGCACAGAGUAGCACCUCAUACACCCGAUUCCGACAUAGAAGCGGUUCUUCCAUACUAUUCGCGAGCACUGGCAGUGAUCUUUGAUUCCAAAGCAGAAUUCUGCAAUCUUCUUCGUCACUCCAUGGAACCUCGAGUUCUCGAUCUCUGAACACUUUCGCCAUACGAAUCUCAAUCACUGUUUCUUCCUGCAACUGCAAUGGCGUCGUGGCUCAAAGCCGCUGAAGAUUUAUUCGAAGUUGUUGAUCGAAGAGCCAAACUGGUUGCCACUGACUUAGAGGACCAGUCUGAUUCUAAAUCUCCAGCUUCUAAUUCUAAUGGGCAAGGAUCUCAAGGCAAGGGGACAAAACGAAAACCUAAGACUAAAAACGGACAAUCAAACUCACCAAGUAUAACUACUGAUGCUACUAAGGAGGACAGUGGAUUUCCUGCAGCAUUGGUGGAUGUAACAACUCCAAGCGACAAAGUUGAUCUUGUCGCUGAAAAUGAUGGGGAUGCUUCCGUAUCUACAGACCAACCAAAGAAGGAGCAGCAAACUACCGAUGCAACAUCACCUAUUUUAGGCACAUCAUUAUCGGAAAUGCUAACCGAUGAUGUUGGCAAACAUGACACAGAUGAUGUAGAAGUCUUAGUAGAUGAUACUGCUGGUGAAGUUGCUACUGUUUCUGCAAAUGGUGAACCUACCAGAGAGAAUGCUUCAGAUAGUCAUGAGGUGGAUCCUCCUCCAGCUCCCAAGGGAAUCAAAGUCCCCGAGGAUGAACCCACCACUAGCUCUGGCCAAAUUAUCAAGUCUGGAGAUUCAGAUGCCAAUCAAAAUAUGGAUCAAGAGAAAUCAGAAUCUGUGACUUCUGACUUAGCUCCUAAUAGUGAGACUGCACAUAAAGAUUCUGUUAUAAAAGUUGAACCUAUUGAGAAUCAGAAGAGCCAUAAAGACCAUAAAACUGACAUCUCCCCAAAGAAAGUACAGGAUCAACUUGAUGAGGCUCAAGGAUUGCUUAAGACGACAAAAUCUACUGGUCAGUCUAAAGAGGCAAGGUUAGCUCGGGUCUGUGCUGGACUAUCAUCCCGCCUUCAAGAGUACAAAUCUGAAAAUGCACAGUUAGAGGAACUUCUAACUGCAGAGAGAGAGUUGAGUAAAUCAUAUGAGGCUAGCAUAAAACAGCUACAGAAGAAUUUGUCAGAAAGUAAAAGGGAAGUGACAAGAGUUGAAUCAAAUAUGGCUGAUGCCUUGUCAGCAAAAAAUGCUGAAAUUGAGGCACUUUUGAGUUCCAUGGAAGCAGUUAAGAAGCAAGCCGCAUUGUCAGAAGGAAAUCUAGCUUCCAUGCAGGCAAACAUGGAGUCUAUGAUGAGAAAUCGAGAGCUAACAGAGACAAGGAUGAUGCAGGCUCUAAGAGAGGAGCUAGCAUCUACUGAGCGAAGAGCAGAAGAGGAGCGUGUUGCACAUAAUGCUACCAAAAUGGCUGCUAUGGAAAGACAAGUAGAAUUGGAGCAUAGAGCAGUUGAGUCAUCUACAGCCCUCGCAAGGAUACAGAGAAUAGCAGAUGAAAGGACAGCAAAGGCCACAGAACUUGAGCAGAAGGUUGCACUUCUCGAGGUUGAAUGUUCAUCUUUAAAUCAAGAACUGCAAGAUAUGGAAGCUCGUUUGCGCCGUGAACAAAAAAAGUCACCGGAAGAGGCAAAUCAAGUAAUUCAGAUGCAGGCAUGGCAGGAAGAAGUGGAGCGUGCACGUCAGGGACAGAGGGAAGCUGAAAGCAAGCUAUCUUCCUUGGAGGCUGAAUUGCAAAAAAUGAGAGUUGAAAUGGCUGCCAUGAAGAGGGAUGCUGAGCAUUAUUCACGUCAGGAGCAUAUGGAGUUGGAGAAACGCUAUCGGGAACUGACUGACCUUUUGUACUACAAACAAACGCAAUUAGAAACCAUGGUCAGUGAAAAAGCUGCCACAGAGUUCCAGCUGGAGAAGGAAAUUAAGCGUCUUCAAGAAGCACAGGCGGAUGUUGAAAGAAGUAGAGUUUCUCGUCGAGCAUCGUCAUCAUGGGAAGAUGAGACUGAAAUAAAAUCCCUUGAGCCUCUUCCUUUGCAUCACCGACAUCUGGCUGGUGCGAGUAUUCAGUUGCAGAAAGCAGUGAAACUGUUAGAUUCAGGGGCUGUCAGGGCCACAAGAUUUCUCUGGCGUUAUCCAACGGCCCGAGUUGGUCUAUUUUUCUACUUGGUGUUUGUACAUCUCUUUUUGAUGUAUCUCUUGCAUCGUCUUCAGGAACAAGCUGACAUUAUUUCUACAAGAGAAGUUGCAGAAGCUAUGGGGCUUUCUAACCAGAACUUACCAUGAGUUGUAUAUUAAGUAUACCAUUUAGGUCCUAUGUCAGGUGUUAAUAGUUUCCUGACUAUAUUUUCAAGUGUAUAUUUUUUGUGCGGCUGCAUUGUGAGUGCUUAGGGUGGCUUGAUAAUGGUUCCGCAAAUUACUGACAUAUGAAAACCAAAAGAGCAAGGUCAACACAGGUAUCUUCUGCUGCAGCUUGGAGUCGGGAAAAUCGGAUGCUGAGCUGAAUGAUAUUAUUGAACGGGUGGCAGAAUCACUUUCCUGUCUAGACUUUCCUGCGGAUUGAAUUGUUUAAUCAUGUUUAAUUGAUCUUCUUUUUUCUUUCCUCCGAAAAUGUAUUUCAGUUGUAAGAAACAAUGGUAAAGAACUAUAGAUACAAAUUUCUUUUGUGAUA